CAGAAAUUUCCAGCGAACUCGGCGCAUCACUUCUCUCUUCGGAGCAGGUUCCUGGGGAGACAAGCUGGUAGCGGAGCUAGAAAACCCGGGCUCACGCGGCUGGGAUGCAGACGAGUGGCCUGAGUUCCUGUGCUUUGAGUGCGACAACAACAUGUGCAUCCGUGAGACACAGGCUGAGAUCGCUCUUGAACUGCUGCAGUCGACCGAGAAUCGCCUGAUGCAGUUCAACAUGGGUGAGGGCAAGACGAAAGUCAUCAUGCCGAUUAUGUUGGCAGCGGCGUCGCGCGGCUGUGGUCAAGCGCUGGCGCGCGCAACAGUACUGAGUGCGCUGUUUUCAACGAACUUGUCCGACUGGCAGCACAAGAUUGGCGGAAUACUUGACAGGCAAAUCGUGCCUUUGCUGUUUCGUCGAGACCGCACAUUGAGCGACGUGCAGCUCAAGGGAUUGAGCGAAGAUCUUCGUAUUCAUAGAGCCCGUGGCAACAUCGUGGCCACGACGCCAGAACAUCGACUUUCACUAGAGACGAAGGCGUUGGAGCAGCUAACGUCUUUUGCGAAGUCCAAAG